AUGACGUCAAUAGACCCCAUGGAAAUUGAAACUACUGAGAUGUCAGUACCUAUGGAAUUAGAUAUUAAUGAGAUGCUUGUCGCUGAGGAACCAAAAACUGAUCCUAUUCAAGUUGUUCAUCCGUCAAAAGAAAAUAUCUCUACUUCAGCUUUCUAUCCUCAAGUAAGAAAUGAGCUUAAGCCCUUUAAAGGUCAGCAAUUUACAACAUGGGAAGAGGCACAUGAUUUUUAUAAAAAAUAUGCAUCUGCAGCUGGAGAUCACUAUGAGGCCUUUAGAAAGUGCAUAUACUCAUCUGAGAAUGAAGAGGAGUUUGAAUUGAAGUGGAGAUCAGUUCUUGCAAAGAGUGGAUUAAGUGGGCAUAAUUGGCUGCAAUCAAUUUAUGAAAUUCGGUUUAGAUGGGUACCAGCCUAUAUGAACCAUGUUUUCUCAGCUGGUAUGUCAAGCAGUCAACGAGCUGAAAGUGCACACUCGUUCUUUAAGGAUUAUGUUUCUGAUAAAAAUUCUUUGGUGGAGUUCAUGGUUCAGUUCAAUAGGGGUAUGUUACAUAAGCGACAUGAGGAGUUGAUUGUAGAUCAUAUUGACGUCAAUGAGAAGCCUAGAUUUAAGUGUCCCAUUAAGAUGGAAAAACAAAUGUCUGAUAUUUAUACACGGAAGUACUAUUAUAAAUUUCAAGAUCAGUUGUGGGAAAGCUACAACUACAAUCUAGAGGUCAGAUCAGAGGAUGAAAAUAAGUGCACACUUAAGGUUACGCGUGAGGAUCAUGAAGAUGGAAGAGCUCGGGUCAUCAUGUAUGAUAAAUCAAAAGAUUUUGCUUCGUGUACUUGCAAAUUGUUUGAGAGUGCAAGAGUUCCAUGUAGACAUGUUUUGGCAUACUUGCACAGAAUACAUCAACUGUAUAAAUUGCCAGAUCAAUACAUUUUGAAGAGAUGGACAAAGUCUGCAAAAUUUGAGGUUGUGAUGGACAAGAGUGGCAUGGAGAUCACUGUUAACAAGUCUUUACUUGAAAAACGUGGUCUACUGUUCCAACAAUAUUCAUAUGUAAUUGAUAACGUUGUCUUGAGUGAAGAAGCAAGUCAAUUGUUUCAGGAAACAAUGGAUUCUUUGAUUGAGAAGAUUAAGCCACUACUUGCUAAUAGUAACAGUGACGGUGUGGAGCCUCUUUCAAAAAAAAGUUCAACUCAAGAAAGUACUUUUCGUGAACCGGAUGAAGUUAGGACAAAAGGAAGGGCAAAAAGAAUUAAGAGAGGAAAAGAGAAGAGCAAAGGAAAACGCAAUGGUACCGGAAGACAUUGUCAUGGAUGUGGCAAAGACGGGCAGACUCAUGACAAACGCAAUUGUCCAGUGUUGCUCGAAAGAUUGCCUAGUGCUGAUACAAAUGAAAAUUCUAGUGGAGAUGGUACUGAUGAUAGUUAUUCUUCACAGUUUGCUGCUAAGGAUCUCUUUUCUGCAAUUAUUCAAGGUUUAGCCCUUGAAUCAAACGCUUUCAUCAGUGCUGAUUUGGCUGGUCACUGUCGUGCCAUAGACAUAUAUAUCUGUGAUAGACAUCCUGCUCCUAAGGGAGGUUCUGCUCUCACUUCCCUGCAUCAAACAGCAUGA